AGAGUCAAUGUGUGGAAAGUGGCGAACCACUGGCAGCGAUCUCAUAUUCGCGAUCAGGCUGUCGACACGACAACAACCCUUCUUUUCUAAGAUUUCGAUGAUAUCGGCCGAGCAAGUGUUUUUCCACUAAACUUUUGUGAUUCUUCGAAGGAGAGACAAAGAGAGAGAAGAUAGUCGAAAGCUGUGAUCGAGACAAGGAGAGAUGUAUCGAAACUUCGCGAUUCUUUUCGUCGUACUCGCACCUUUCUUUUUGGCGGUUCGAUCAGAUGAUGUAUUGAAAUGUUACAUGUGUACAUCAGUUACGGAUAAAGAUUGCGGGGAUGAUAUAAUAAAAUCACAGGCAAUCGAGCCAAUGGAAUGUACGAUGGAAGAAAUGACGAAAUGGCAGAACACUAUUCAACAGAAUAAGUUACUUACACCAAUUUUCAGUAUUUUUGCUGUCGAUAAUCCUCAACAAAAUAAAAAAAUAUUGAAGAACAUGGCUUGUGCCAAGGUUGAUACCAAAAUUCAAGGCCAAGACAAAAUAGUGACGAUAAGAAGCUGCCAAACCGCACAAGCAGAAAAUGUUGAUCCUUGCACGUCGAUAGAAGGUAAACUUCUUGGUGGCAUGGAAUAUUGUGGAUUAUGCGAAGAAAAUGGUUGCAACGGUUCGAUAACAAUUUCCCCGAGUAUCAGUAAUAUUAUUUUCACCGUCCUUGGAUCAUUUGCCUCUGCUCUUAUCCUUUACAGAAAUGUAUAACCUCCAACGUUCACUAUCACCUUCCAUUUUCCAAAUUAAUCCGUAAAUUCAUAUCCACUUUCGAAUCAGAGUUAUCGUCGUUGCAUAUGCCUCUUUUUACCAUGAAAAUCUCUACCCUCCUCAAGCGUCCAAAGCAAUUUCAGCACAAACCACGAUAUUUUUUUUAAUUUCUUAGUAUAUGUCGUAUUCAAAAUCCAAUACAAAUAUCUAAUCUCGAACUACGUAUUUUAUCCCAAUCGAGAUAAUACAUCGAAAUCGCAAGAAAUCAUUUUUUUCUCUUGUUAUACGCCGUAAAUCGAGUACGUCGCGUGUGUAUUAUUUGCUAGCAAAAAUAUAUGAUAUAUACACAUACACAUACCGACACACAGAUAUACGCACACACACACACACACACAAAUAUACGUACGAGAUACAAAAUAUACAUAAUAUUAUAUACAUACAUAUAUAUAUACAGAAAUUACAUAUAUGUAUAUAUAUACACAAAUAUUAAAUGACGACUGUUGUUUGUUUAAAAAAAAAAGAAAAAAAAAGAAAACAAAAAAAGAAAUAAAAAAUAAAAGAGUACAUAUAUAUAGCUACCGUAUCUCUACGUGUAUGCAAUGGAUAUGGAUUCUCGAGCUUGGAUAUUGGUAUCGAGAAAACAAUGCUAAAGCUUUCGAGGUCAAAUAAAAGUGUUUGCCGCACGAUGAUUAUAACAAGCAAUAAAAAAGCGUGUUGACUAA